AAAAACAAAGAUGUGUCUAUCGGACAGCGGUCCGAAGCAAGGAAAGGCAACAAUCAGACAGUCCAAAAGAUGUUCAAGUCCUAGAACCCCUCCGACUUCCACGUGUCCUCUUUAUAUAUAUAUAUAUGGAAAGAGAGGGAGAGAGAAGGAGAGUGUUCAUGCUUGUCCUAAUCUUGGAUUCUGGUGUGGUGUUGGGUCGCCCACCGAUUGUUCCAUUUCAGCUUCUUUUCGUUGAUUUUGCAAUUCAAAAACUAAAACCGGCAUUAAAACAGACAGAAACAGAUAGAGAGAUACCUUUCCCAUUGCUUUUCUUUCUUUUUUUUUUUUUUUUUACCCACAUCCACACGCUAAGAUACGAUAUUCUUCUUCUUCUUCCUUUACAAUUUUGUUUUUGACUUGAAAUUCAUUGCUUUGUUUGUUAAUAUUCGCUUCCACUCUCCAAUCUCUCUCCUCUCUAUCUCUAAUAUACAAGUAAAAUGGCAGAAUCACCAGUUAACCAUCAUAAUCCACAGAGUUCAUCAGGUGAUUCUGUUGAUUUGGAUGUUGAAAUCGUCGCUGGAAAUGACAUUGCUUCCAAUUCUUCUGGGUUUACUGGGAGUAGUUCGUCCAAACAUAGCAUGUCUAUUGAAUCGUCAGCUACUUCCAAGUCAGAUUCAGGUUCCAGUCAACCAAGAAAAUUUGAAAAACAUGGAGAGAGUUAUAAACUCCGCAUAUUGGCAACUAAAUUAUUUGAUGAUAGAGUUCCUUUCAGAAAGAAGCUCAAAUUGUUUCAUCGAUUUGCAAACCUUAAAGAUGAUGGAACUAUUCAAUUAGAAGUGCCUGAAGAUAUCAAACCACAGAGCUUGGACAUUAUACCAGGUGCUGUUCAUACGGAAUGUAUUGAUGAGGAACCUUUUGACACAGCUGAGCUUCGAGAUAUACCUCCUUUGCAAAUAGUAAUUCUUAUUGUUGGAACACGGGGAGAUGUACAACCAUUCAUUGCCAUUGGAAAACGGUUACAGGAAGAUGGUCACAGGGUUAGAUUAGCAACUCACUCAAAUUUUAAGGAUUUUGUACUCACUGCUGGACUGGAGUUUUUCCCCCUUGGUGGAGAUCCAAAAGUUCUUGCUGGCUACAUGGUCAAGAAUAAAGGUUUCUUGCCUUCUGUGCCUUCUGAAAUACCUACUCAGAGGCAGCAAAUAAGGGAUAUUGUAUUCUCUUUACUUCCUGCAUGCAAGGAUCCAGAUCCUGAUACAAAUGUUCCUUUUAAAGUAGAUGCAAUAAUUGCCAAUCCCCCAGCAUAUGGACACACACAUGUUGCUGAGGCAUUAAAAGUACCGAUUCAUAUAUUUUUCACGAUGCCUUGGACGCCUACUAGUGAAUUUCCACACCCUCUAUCUCGUGUUAAGCAACCAAUUGCUUAUAAACUGUCAUAUCAAAUUGUUGAUUCAAUGAUUUGGCUUGGAAUUCGAGACAUUGUUAAUGAGUUUAGAAAGAAGAAGCUGCAGCUAAGACCUGUCACUUAUUUAAGUGGGAACUAUAGCUCUCCUCCUGAUCUGCCUUAUGGAUAUAUAUGGAGUCCUCACCUUGUUCCCAAACCAAAAGAUUGGGGACCAAAGAUUGAUGUUGUUGGAUUUUGCUUCCUCAACCUCGCAUCAAAUUAUGAACCUCCAGAUUUGCUUGUGAAAUGGCUAGAAGGUGGUGAUCCACCUAUUUAUAUUGGUUUUGGUAGCCUUCCCCUUCAAGAACCAGAGAAGAUGACUCAGAUUAUAGUUAGAGCUUUGGAAAUAACCGGUCAAAGAGGCAUCAUUAACAAGGGAUGGGGUGGUCUUGGGGACUUGGCAGAACCAAAGGAUUUUGUGUACAUACUGGACAACUGUCCUCAUGACUGGUUGUUCUCAAGAUGCAAGGCUGUGGUGCAUCACGGGGGUGCUGGAACAACUGCUGCUGGUCUUAAAGCUGCGUGUCCAACAACCAUUAUACCUUUCUUUGGAGACCAGCCUUUCUGGGGUGAGCAAGUUCAUGCAAGAGGACUAGGUCCUGCACCUAUCCCAGUUGAGGAGUUUUCACUUGAUAAGUUGGUUGGUGCCAUACGCUUCAUGCUAGAUCCCAAGGUGAAAGAACUUGCUGUUGAAUUGUCCAAGGCCAUGGAGGAGGAGGAUGGGGUAAAAGGUGCAGUAAAUGCUUUUUAUAAACAUUUUCCUGGCAAAAGGUUGGAAUCUGAACCUUGGUCACCACCUGCACAUUCAAAGUUUCCUUCACUACGAGGAUGCUUUGGUUGCCGCAGAUGAUUUUGAUUUUCCAUAUUAUGAAACACUAUAAGUUUUAUCUGAUAUGUUGGUUUUGCCGUGUUAUGUUAUUAAUAUGAUGUUUGGCUUUUUAUACAGUUUUUUCA